AUGUCGGAUUCCAUCAAUUACGAUCAAAUUAAAGAAGCUGCUGCUCAUCAUCCAAAACCUCAAAAUCUCAAUUAUACCUAUGGAACCGCUGGUUUCCGUAUGAAAGCAGAUUUGUUGGAUUCUGUGAUUUUCAGAGUCGGUAUCUUGGCAGUUUUACGUUCAAAAAAGCUUGAUUCCAAAACGAUCGGUGUCAUGAUUACCGCUUCACAUAAUCCUGAACAAGAUAAUGGUGUUAAGCUUGUUGAUCCUUAUGGCGAAAUGUUGGAACAAUCAUGGGAAGGUUACGCAACUCGAUUGGCAAAUGCCCAAUCUGUCGAUGAUUUAGUUGUCAUCAUUAAACAAAUCAUUUCACAAAAUGACAUUGAUGAAUCGAAGCCUGCUACUGUUGUUUAUGCUAGAGAUACCAGACCAAGCGGGCCUGCUUUGGUUGAUGCACUCGUUGAUGGACUUAAAGUUCUUAACGCUAAUGUUAUCGAUUUUGAUGUGUCAACCACUCCACAACUUCACUAUGUUACUCGUUGUUAUAACACUCAAGGUACUGAAGAUGAUUAUGGUGUACCAUCGGAAGAUGGUUAUUACAAGAAACUUGCAACCGCUUUCCGUAAGAUUGUGGUUGGCAGGCCACGCCUUGCGCCAUUUUAUGUUGACGCAGCAAAUGGUGUUGGAGCUCCAAAAAUCGAAAAACUCGCCCAGCAUAUUGGAAGUGACAUUAUAGAAAUCAUGUUGAUUAAUGAUGAUGUUACAACUCGAGGCAAAUUAAAUUAUAAGUGUGGUGCUGACUUUGUCAAAACGGAGCAAGGGCUCCCUGCUGGAUGUAGUAUUAAACAUGGGGAUCGUGCAGCUUCACUUGAUGGCGAUGCCGACCGUAUCGUAUUUUAUUACAUUGAUGAAGAUGGUACAUUUAGAUUAUUGGAUGGUGAUAAGAUUGCUGGAUUAGCCGGUGGUUUUAUCAUUGACCUAGUCAAGACUGCGGGUCUUGAAGGAAUUAAUGUUGGAGUUGUUCAAACUGCCUAUGCAAAUGGAAGUUCCACAAUGUAUUUGAAAAAUGUUUUGGCAAGUGUCAAACAUCUUCAUCAUGAGGCAGAAAAAUAUGAUGUUGGUGUAUACUUUGAAGCUAAUGGACAUGGAACUGUUUUAUUUAGUCCAAAAGCUUUAAAAACGAUUCGAUCUUCUAAAGGACAAACAGCAGAGCAGGAAAAUGCAAUCGAAAAAUUACGCGCGUUAACCGAAUUAAUUAAUCAAACAGUCGGUGAUGCCUUAUCAGAUUUAUUACUUGUAGACGCUAUCUUGACUAAUCGUCAAUGGACAUUAAAGCAAUGGGAUCAAGCUUAUACCGACUUACCAAAUCGUUUAGUAAAAGUUGUUGUUGAAAAUCGUCAUAUAUUUAAAACUAUUGAUGCUGAACGGCAACUUGUAGAACCAGCAGGUCUUCAAGCACAAAUCGAUGAAUUAGUAUCCAAAUAUAAAAACGGAACAGAAGACGUUGUACGUGUAUAUGCUGAAGCAGCUAGCAGAGAAGAAUGUGAUGAAUUAGCUUAUAAGGUUGCAGGGUUAGUUUAUGACCAAGCUGGUGGUACUGGUG